GAGAUGCGCAAGUUGAGGGGUACCUCAAGGAUGCUUGACCACAUCAAGCCUGUUUCUUCUUCCCUGGAGCAUAGUUUUGUUCCAGAAGAGGUUUUCCAAAGCCUGACCUAUGCCAGCAGUUCUCUCUACAGCCCAAAGUACUUCCAGUCCCCACAAACCACCAAACCCCAGAUGGGCUUCAGGGGCUGCCUGCAAACACCGGAUCGGCUUUGGCAUUAUCCUAAUUGUCGGAGCAAGUUCAGACAUCUGACAGAUCCUGUCAGUUUGACAGGCGUUGGAAGGGAUGUCUCUUACCUGUGUGACACUGUGACUAGCCAACAAGCUAAGAGAGCAAUGCAAGUCAGAAGGUCUUUGUCUGAGGGUCAUCAGCACCAGAGAGGGAGCCGUGGUACAGUCCCACCCACUCCUAGAACAAGCUUAACAGGUAGUCUGAUCCCUGAAGAAUUUCACAUUGUGAGGAGCAGAGGAGUUUUGCCCUUGAAGUACUUUGAUGAUAAAUAUUCAACACUUCUUGAAGACCGUGAAAAGAAACUACAUCUGUUCCCAUCCCUGAGACCUCCUGGGAGGUUAGAGGUUAUCCAGCUGACAUCUGAGGACAGUAUGUUGGAAAAAGCUGGGGUAGACAAGCUAAUGAGAGUAACGGGAUGUUCACAACUUCUGCACAAUAUGCUGCAGCUGAUGAAGGUGGAGGAGAACAUCUACAACAUUGUUCUCCAUGAGCUGAUUCAGCAGGUUGGCAUGGACUGCGUGGACAGAGGACAGCUGCUUUCAAAGCUCAGGCAGAGGUAUGUGAGCCUCCUGGAGCAGAUCCCUGAACAGAUCCCUCUCUACAAAAAAAUGAUGUUGCAGCAGUUGGUCAACAGACAUAUUACAGAACUACUCUAUUUCAAAGAAUCUGUUGCACAGCUGUCUAGUGAGCUGUAUGAGGUACUAGAACAUGACUGCAAGGUGACUGAAGAAGCAGAAAAAGCUCAAGAGGAGCUACAUGCAGCCAUGCAGGAGGCUAAGACAAAUGUAAAGCUUUUGGAAGAGUAUCAGGAGUUAGACACAUUACAGAGAAGCCAACUAGAAGAGCAGGCUCUAUUGCUAGCUCAGAGAGACAUCUGGAUCGCAGCCAUGUAUGACCUGGCUCAGAAGAUAAUAGACAGAAACCAGCUGACAUUAGUUCGCCAGCUCCAUGUUGGUGGAAAAACAUUGACCAGCGUUCUCAAACAUUUCAUAAACCUCUUGACCUCAAAGGACACAGAAGACCUGACUGAUUUGCAGGAGACAGGGCAGUUCAGGGAGAGAUUGGGUCAUGCUGGAGCAGAAAUAGAGCAUUCUGAGGAGUCCACCCAGAGAAAACUGCAAACUAUCUGCAGCAGCUUCCACAAGCACCUUCAAUACUUCCAUACCAGUGACUCAUGAGUGGCCCAAAGGGACCUGGGCUCCUCUCAGAUGAAUGAAAAGCUAUUGGAUGAAAUCCUACCAGAAAUCAAGAACUUGAUAAAUAUACUAAAAGAAGACCUAGAGUAGUAUACAGGGGAGGUGCACCUAAGAAAGACUGAAAGUCUGAAGAGCAGUGCCGGCCUGCUGGAGUACUGGACAAAGCUGGUACAAAUGGUAAUAAAUCGACACCGGGACCUUACUGGAGCAUUGCCUCCACAGCACACUGCCCUGGAAGAAAUAAAACAAAGGGCAUGCAAACUUUACAGGCAAUUCAGUAUAAGGAUAGAUGCAAAUAAUGGCACAGCUAAGUUUUUGACAGCCUUGGUGAAAAGUAUGGAAGAUUGGUUAUUCAAGGUGCAAAAGCUGCAGCAAGGUUCUGGCAUGCACAAAGCUCAGCUGUGUGCAUUUUAUCAAAAGAUUCCUGCGUGGCUGGGCCAGGUGGAUGCAGUGAAGAGUUGUGUGGGCUCUGGGCAGUUGCAUGAAGCUGAGUGCCAUCAGAAAUAGCAUCUUCCGGUGGUACCUAAUGUUUCUUUUCAUAUGAUUCAGCAGUGGGUUCUGUCCAUGAAUAAUGAGACUGAGAAGAACGUCACACAUGCAAAUGAAAAAGUGACUGAACUGGACAGAAACCUGACCCUGUGGCUGGUGGAUUUGCUGAGACACAUGACAACAGAAUGCUUGUCCUGUGAACUCCCCCAGUAGCAGGAGUCAGGUACUGAGAUGGGCAAGGAGCCCAGGCUUCUGAGGGCUAGUGAACUGCAGCAUGGAGCUGAACAGUUGGUUGCGGGGAUGUGCAGACUUGCUGAUUCUGUAGACAGCUGCUGUCGCAAGACCAUCAAUGAAAUUGUAAAAGAGAAAGAUUUAGAAGCUGAUUUUGAGCUGGAGGAGCUGAAUAAGAUCAAGACUGAGUGCUGUAAUUGGAUUCAUGUGUGUAGUCAUCUUCUUUCAGAGAUCAAAGGCACUCCAGUCACCUUUCUGGAUUUAGAACUGAGAAACCUCUUUGGAUCAGAGGAAUUGCAAUUGAAACUUAAGCUUAAGGACACUGUCAUUUCUUCAACUCAAGAAGAGUUUGAAUCUGAAAAUGCCAUCAGCAAAACGACAGAGGAAGAACCAUUAAAAGUAAAGGAGGAAAUAGCCAUCAUGCAGCAUCCAUGUGCUGGUAUGGAUUAUCUGAUUGAGGACAAUGAAGCUACUGCAGAUGUGAUCAGAUAUGUAGGGCAUGACUCCAACGUCCACCUGAAGUCUCUGAAAUUAGACAUCAUUGCAGUUACAAGGAGAGAGAUGACUGCCUCCAUGCCAUCAAGUCUGUUUUCUCAGAAAGCGUUUGAAGCCCUGGCAAUGCUGGAAUAUCUGCAAGUGCAACUCCUAGAAAGAGAGAUCUGUGCUCAAAAUGCAGAGGAGAGAUCUGAAGGUCUUGAAGAAGAGCUGGAAGAAGCUCUGCAGAGAAUCCAAGACCUAGAGAAAGAAUGUCUCCAAGAAGGUAUCUCGGAAGUCGAGGCCUGCUUAAGUCUCAAAGCUUCUACCUCUGGCCAGUUCAAGGGCUCUGGAAAAGUGCAACAUUAAGGAACAGCAAUGUCCCAGUA